UGAUAAUAAAAGGUGAGGUUAAGAAAUAAAAUAUUUUUAAGUUGUUUAAAUAUAAAUAUAUUAUUUUGAAUAUUAUUAAAACCAGUUAAAAAUGAGUGAAUCAGAAGUUAUAGCUAAAAGUUCAUCAAAUGAGUCAGACAAGGACUCAGACCAGGAUUUAUCAGAAGAUUCGCACAAAAGACACAAACAUUUACAAAACAAUGAUUUUGAAGAAAAAAAAGGUAAAAAGCGAAUAAAUAAAGAAGCAGACGAAUCUGAUGAAGAUGUUACUAUCGGGCCUGCCCUACCAGAGGCUGAAAAGCCCAAAAAACGUAAAGUCUUACCACAUGAACAACUCUAUUUGGACAGUUUACCCUCUGCAGAAUCAUAUGAGAGAAGCUACAUGCACAGAGACGUGAUUACGCAUAUUGUGGUAACUUGUACAGAUUUUAUCAUCACAGCUAGUUGUGACGGUCAUAUAAAAUUUUGGAAAAAAAUGGAAAAUGGUAUAGAGUUUGUCAAACACUUUAGAAGUCAUUUAGGACCCAUUGUGAAAAUAGCCUGCAAUUGUGAAGGAACAUUGCUUUGUUCAGCAUCUGUUGACAGAUCACUUAAGAUUUUUGAUGUAGUAAAUUUUGAUAUGAUCAACAUGAUUAGGUUAGAAUUUGUACCUGGAACAAUUGAGUGGAUUCAUGGAUCUGGAGAACCUAUACAUACUUUGGCUGUUGCUGACAAAGCCACUGCUAGGAUCCAUAUAUAUGAUGGAAAAGAUGGAAAGGCACUUACAGUUUUUGAAAAAAUUCAUACCAGUCCUGUUACAUUGAUCAAGUACAACCCCAAAUAUGAUGUAGUGAUAUCAGCUGACAAGAAGGGCAUGAUUGAAUACUGGCAUGGAAGCAAACAUGACUAUGAUUUUCCCAAAAAUAUAGGAUUUGAUUCCAAACUUGACACAGAUCUGUUUGAAUUUGCCAAAAAUAAGACUGUUCCAACAGGAUUAGCCUUUUCAAAUGAUGGAAAAAAGUUUGCAACAAUUUCAACAGAUAGAAAAAUUAGAGUAUUUAAUUUUUUGAAAGGUAAACUGAUUUUAGUUUUGGAUGAAUCGUUGCCGAGGUUUUCAGAUCAUCAGCACAAAACCCAACAACUGCCAAACAUGGAAUUUGGUAGACGGAUGGCUGUAGAGAGGGAUUUGGAAAAGUCAGAUAGUUUUGAGUUGGCCAAUAUAAUAUUCGACGAAAGUGGAUAUUUUAUUAUGUACGCCACAUUAUUGGGUAUUAAACUUGUAAAUAUACAUACUAAUAGGUGUGUUAAAAUCAUAGGAAAAAAUGAAAAUUUGCGGAUGUUAAAUAUUGCUCUUUACCAAGGUUCAGCCAAAAAGUCAAAAGCAGCCGUUACAUUAGAAAUUGAAGCUUCAAACAACCCAACUUUAGAUGCCAUACUUCCAGAUCCAACUCUUAUUUGUACCGCAUACAAAAAAUCUAGAUUCUACCUCUUUAGCCGUAGAGAACCUGACGAUUUACAGAGUGAUCAAGAUAGAGACGUUUUUAAUGAAAAACCUUCCAAAGAGGAUUCUCUAGCGGCUGCCGAAAAUCCCGCAGUCCAACGGCUAUACGAAAAUGCUAUUCUUCAUACCGUUUUUGGAGAUAUUCAUAUAAAACUAUUUAUAAAAGAUACGCCAAAGACAGUAGAAAACUUCUGUGUCCACAGUAAAAAUGGAUAUUACAAUGGACAUAUUUUUCAUAGAGUUAUUAAAGGAUUUAUGAUACAAACAGGUGACCCAACUGGUAACGGUACAGGUGGGGAAAGUAUAUGGGGUGGUGAAUUUGAAGAUGAACUACGACCACACUUAAAGCAUGAUAGACCCUACACAGUUUCUAUGGCAAAUGCAGGGCCCAAUACAAAUGGAAGUCAGUUCUUUAUAACAUUAACUCCUACUCCUUGGUUGGAUAAUAAACAUACAGUAUUUGGAAGGGUUGUUAAAGGGAUGGAAGUUGUUCAAAAUAUUAGUAAUGUUAAGACCAAUGUAAAAACUGAUAAGCCAUAUGAUGAUAUUCGAAUUGUAUCUGUAACGGUUAAGUAAUAUGUAAAUAAAUUAUUUGUUUAAUAUU